UUUGGCGCACGAGAUUUACCGUAAUACCAGCCCCCCUUUCAGGCCACACUUCUUAUUACCUGUCGUGUUUGUUGAUGUUGUAGCCAGUUUCCUGAAUUUGGCUCAGGGGUUAUUACGCUCCCACAGACCAUAUACACGUUUUGGAAGAGACGAUGCGGGAAGAGGACUCCUCUCCAAUGGACAGUGCGGGAAACAGCGAGGAGGAGACCGACCGUGAGCUGCCCAGGAGAGGCGCGAGGAAGCGGCGAGCAACACGGAGGCGCGCAGAUGACAAGGUUGAAGAGGAGGAAGACUUGGAGAGUCCGAGCAUGGAGACCGGGAAGAAGAAAUGCAGAAAGAGCUGCGAAGGAGGAGGCGGCAGCGCGGGGAGCGGCGACAGCGAGGCCAGCAGCAGCAGCCCCGAGCCCUCCUUCGAUGACCUACACACACAGCGCGUGGUGGCCAACAUCCGCGAGCGCCAACGAACGCAGUCCUUGAACGAGGCGUUCACGUCGUUGCGUAAGAUCGUUCCAACCCUCCCGUCAGACAAACUCAGCAAGAUCCAGACACUAAAACUGGCGUCCCGGUACAUCGACUUCCUGUGCCAAGUUCUGCAGAGCGACGAGUUGGACGCGCGAGCGACCAGCUGCAGCUACGUGGCGCACGAGCGCCUGAGCUACGCGUUCUCGGUCUGGAGAAUGGGGGGCUCGUGGUCCUUGUCUACUACUACCACUACUACGACGUCCCACUAGCAGGGCUGCUGUGGAUGGUACAGCACGAAUAUCCAGAGUGCAGAACCAGUGGAUCAGGCCGACCCUUCAGAUAGACUGAAACAGGCUGAACACAGAUGACGGGCGCUGUGGGCCUCGGAGGAGAGUGGGCUUUUCAUAUUCCCUGCUGCAAGGACUGUAAUGUUUGCAAGGGAACACUUAGGACAGACAGGACGAAUAUGAAGAAAGAAAGACCACUGCGACAAUGAAUGUUGUAAAAACAGAAAGUGAUUUCUGAGGAGCCACUCUGUUUUGAAACAUGAGAGAAAAAUGACAAUUCAUUCCCUGUGACAGUGUUUCACAGCAAUUGAAGUACUCUGUAUUUAUUUUUCUACAGAGGCUCGACAUUCCUUUUUCUUCCACUCAAAUAAAAGUUAUUUAUUUUUGGGAUAUCCCAGAAUGCUGAAUGGAUCAGAAAUCUGCGCAUUUUGAGUGUUGUAAAUAUUUGCUAAUAUCUUGAAUAAAAAAAA